AUGCAAGUCUAUAAAAAUUCUACGAAGACCGUAUGGCCAAUCGCCAUUAAAGUGCACCAUUUCAAUUAUAAAACAAAACCAUUUGUCGCGGGAAUUUACUGUGGUGAUGCUAAGCCAUUAUCAGCAGCUGAUUAUCUGAAAGAUUUCGUGGAAGAGAUCAAUGAGCUCAUCGAGGAUGGAAUAAGAUUGCACAAUACACAGUAUAAAUUCAAACUGUUGGGAAUAAUUGCUGAUUCGCCAGCACGAGCGUUCGUCAAAUUGAUUAAACCUCCUGGUACAUUUUUUGCAUGUGAACGAUGCGAGACACAAGGCCGAAGCGUAAAGACGGCCAAGGGAUCAAAACGAAUCUACCCAGAUAUGACUGCUGCCAAACGCACAAGAGAAACAUUCAUCGAUCAAAGUCAACCGUCACAUCAUCAAGAAUAUCUAAGUGAAAUUAAAUAUAAUUUCGUUCACAUAAAUUCAGAAAUGAUGGAUUCGAUAUAUGCUAUUGUAAUUUUCGAUGAGGUGAAUAAAAAAGGUGAAAAGUUGAUGGAUAUUGUUCCAAUGUCCUGGGUUACUGAGGAAAAAGACGGUGAAUUUACUUGCAAAUAUUUUCCUAACGAUUCCUUCGAGAAAAGAGAAUAUUUUCUGAAGAAUUUGACACCAGCCCACAAAAAUUGGCCUGAGUACCCAGUUGAACUGCUCUCCACUGCAGACUCUUUGGAGAAAGCAAAGAGACGUUUGAAUAAGGCAAAAACCACAGUAAACGUCGAUACCACAGAUACUGAAUGCAGUGCUCAGAAUAACAAGAAAACAUCGACAAAAUCUGAUCUUCCAGCCAAUAAGCAGUUGAAGCAGAUUGCAUCAAUGAGGAAAUUCGCUUCGGCAAGAACCUCUCCUGUGCAUGAAAUCAGUGACAGUGAAGAUGAUGAUUCUGAGAGUGCCAAGUCGCAAAAGAAAACAGGCGGUUUCAAAAAGGAUGUACCCAAAGUUUUGACGGAUUUGGACGAUUCAAGCGACGAUGGAAUCAACAAUAUCCAAGCUGGUCUCAAGAAGAAUUCAUUGGCAGCAAAGGCUGCAAGGAAUGUGGAAAAUUCAAGUGAUGACGAGCAGGUCCUGCAGAAUAGUCGAGGUCAAGCUGAUAAUUUGCCUGAAGGAAGAAAAAAUAAUUCAUCGCAGUUUAAAAAUUUGACAAAACCUGUUGUCCAGAAACAUUUGUCAAUGUCUGUCGUUCAGGAUGAGCGUUCUCGUGAUUUUCUGCAACAAAUACGAGAAAUUAUUCACGCAGAAGUGGAGAGUGCUAAAUUGAGUAUACUUCAUGAUCUAGCAGCAAAAGUAGGUCAGAUGCAGAAUACAAUUCUUCAGACUAACAUUCCAACCACUCCACAUGGAUCGCCUAAUGAACUGAUCAAAAAAUUGGAUACGAAAUUUCCUAUCCAAUCUCUCAAUGAUUUUUUAGAUUUUGAUAAAAAACUUGAAGAUGAAAGCCAAGCAGAUGCCCUGCGUUCUCUUUAUCGAGUGCUACUGUUCAGAAUCGAUAAGCCUUCAAGUUGUGUGAAAACAUGAAUGGGCCAUACUCUGUCGAAAGAGGUAUCACUGCAAUACUUUGGUUCAGGUAGAGAUGUAAAUGGCAAACACAAGUUAAGUUCGAAAGAAACAAAAACUAGUCAAAUGAUGAAACAAGCCAUAAUCACUCAAUUUAAUGAUCAAACGGAAAAGGAUAUUCAGAAGCUUAUGGCUACCUGGCUAUCAGGGGCAGGAGACAGAGACGGCGGUCGUCGUGAACGAGAUGAAAAACGAAAAGUUCAAAACGAAAAAGAAAACUAA